AUGGCCUCCAAACUCCUAACCUCCCUCCUGAGUCUGCCAGCUCCCACGCGAACAACCUUCCUCGCGCCCCGGACAACCCUCCUCCGCCUACCCACAAUCGCGACCCGCUCCUUCACCUCGAGCAUCCCUCACCGCGCAACCUACAACCAAGUCCUCCGCGGCUGCCGCAUCGGCCAACGCGCCCGGAAACCCACAUCACCCCAACUGGCGCGAAACCAUAGACCAGAGAUGAAAGGCGUGUGUCUGCGAGUGGGAACGACGAAGCCCAAGAAGCCUAAUUCGGGAGAGAGGAAGGUUGCGAGGGUGAGAUUGAGUAGUGGGAAUGUUAUUACGGCGUAUAUUCCGGGUGAGGGACAUAAUGUGCAGCAGCAUAGUGUUGUGCUUGUGAGAGGUGGGAGAAGUCAGGAUUGUCCGGGCGUGAAGUAUCAUCUGGUGAGAGGGGCUAUGGAUUUGGGUGGUGUUGGUAAUCGGGUUACGAGUCGAUCGAAGUAUGGAACGAAGAAGCCGAAGACGAAUUGA